CUUGUACCUCAAAAUGUCCGUGCGAUCAGCAUCACAUUUUUCUUAAAUUUUGCCCAUGAAAUUACUAUUAUUAUUGUUAUUAUUAUUUAAUGUCGCUUUUCUUCUUUUUGCGUGAUGGGCACCAUCUCCAAGUCCGAUGUGACUGGCGAUACUUCUGCUCUCCUCCGUCCAAAUUCUCCCCGGCGAUGAUUUUGCUUUUUUUCAACACCGCGCACGGUUGGGGGGAUUGAACUGUCCUUUUUAUUCGUUUCCUUUUCGAAUUUUUCUUCACGGUAAAUCUUUUUUUGAUGCCUUAUUCUUCUUCUUUCGUCUUUCCUGGCGUUUUCUGUUCUUUAUCCCUGUUGAAUUUGGAAUUCCCUUCUCUUUCACCUCUACCUGUUUGGAUUCUUUCAACAUUCAUGACAAGGAUUGAAUCUUCCUGCAACUCUCAAAGUGAAGAUUUUUGGUGGGGAAACAAGUUUCUUGUAUUUUUUUUUCUCCCCAUUUUAUUGUUGAAGCUUGGCGACAUUCACUUCUCCGUAGGAAAUUUCAUAUAGAUUUGAAGGUAAUUGUUAAGUUUAGAGGUUUGCUUAGUUUUUGAUAAAAUGGAGGCAAAAUCCAAAAAUGACGAGGAACAAAGAUCGAAUUGUUGUAACCCAGUUAAGAAACAAGAGCUAGUAACCAUGGACCAUGUUCUAUUGGCGUUGGGAGAGACCAAGGAGGAGAGAGAACAGAGGAUUCGAACUCUUUUUAAUUUCUUUGAUUUUUUGAAUUCUGGAUAUUUAGACUAUACCCAGAUUGAGAAGGGCCUUUCUGCGCUCCAAAUACCUGCAGAUUACAAGUAUGCUAAGGAUUUGUUGAAUGUGUGUGAUGCCAAUAAAGAUGGGCGUGUCGAUUACCAGGAGUUCAAGCGAUAUAUGGAUGAUAAGGAGCUUGAUCUGUACCGUAUUUUUCAAGCCAUUGAUAUUGAACACAAUGGUUGCAUUUUGCCAGAAGAGCUUUAUGAUGCACUUCUUAGGGCAGGGAUUGAAAUUGAUGAUGAGGAGCUUGCACGUUUUGUUGAGCGAGUGGAUAAGGAUAACAACGGUGUUAUAACAUUUGAAGAAUGGAGAGACUUUCUUCUGCUAUACCCUCAUGAGGCUACUAUAGAGAACAUUUAUCAUUACUUGGAAAGGGUAUGCCUGGUUGACAUUGGGGAACAGGCUGUUGUCCCAGAGGGCAUCAGUAAGCACAUUCAUGCAUACAGAUAUCUGAUUGCAGGAGGAGUAGCAGGAGCAACAUCUCGCACUGCAACUGCACCUCUUGAUCGUCUAAAGGUUGUUUUGCAGGUACAAACAACACAUGCUCGUCUAAUGCCAGCGGUAAGGAAUAUAUGGAGGGAAGGAGGUGUAUUGGGAUUUUUCCGAGGCAAUGGGUUAAAUGUUUUGAAAGUGGCACCAGAAAGUGCUAUCAGAUUCUACACUUAUGAAAUGCUUAAAGAUUUCAUUGUGCAUGCUAAAGGAGGAGAUAAGGCUAAUAUUGGUACAACUGGGCGACUUUUUGCUGGUGGUGUUGCUGGUGCUGUGGCACAAACUGCCAUUUAUCCAAUGGAUCUUGUAAAAACUCGAUUACAGACUUUUGCUUGCGAAAAUGGAAAAAUUCCUAAUCUUGGGGCAAUGACAAGGGAUAUAUGGGUUCAGGAAGGACCCCGGGCAUUCUACAGGGGCCUUAUUCCAUCACUUCUUGGAAUCAUCCCUUAUGCAGGUAUCGAUCUUGCUACUUAUGAGACCUUAAAAGAAAUGUCCAAGAAGUACAUGCUUCAUGACAGUGAACCUGGUCCUCUUGUGCAAUUGGGAUGUGGGACUUUGUCUGGGGCUCUUGGAGCAACUUGUGUUUACCCAUUGCAGGUUGUGAGAACAAGAAUGCAAGCUCAGCGCUCUAACAUGGGUGCUGCUUACAAGGGAAUGUCAGAUGUAUUCAGGAGAACCUUUCAACAUGAAGGGAUUAGGGGAUUCUACAAAGGGAUAUUUCCUAACAUGCUUAAAGUUGUUCCAUCUGCUAGCAUUACUUAUAUGGUUUAUGAGGCCAUGAAAAAGAGUCUGGAUUUGGAAUGAUAUGUUAUUAUGCUGCUGUAUAAGAUUGCAACUACAAUUGACAUAGCUAACUGUCUGCAUGAUAAAUUGUGGGGAUGGUCUGAUGAUCAAGAUUUAAAUGACAGGAAUAAGUUUACUAAUUGAGUAGAUUAGGAUUGUUUUGAUUAUAUAACAGAAAAUCUGGCUUCAAAUACAUUGAAGGACAAAAUUGGGUUGUCCAUUGUUGGUGUGUUGAAGCUUCUUUCAAGUCCAUAUGUAUUCACACGUUUGUUGUAUGAUAUAGGAUAAAUGCACUCAAAAACCGAUUUUGUAAUUCCUUUAAUGCCAAAUUUUGUCAGAA